AUGAUGCAUAGUCUGCAUACAUUGCUGUUUUUUCUUCUCCUGGCAUGUCUAGGACGGAACACACUGGGGAGUGAAAUCAUAAAUGGGAAAAAGGUCCCGGAGAACUUAAUGCUGUAUAUGGCCUCCGUACAGAACGACAGAUAUCAUGUAUGUGGAGGAUUCCUUAUCAAUGAGGAAUUUGUAGUCACUGCAGCGCACUGUGAUGACUCGAAUCCUACACAUGUUGUUCUUGGCACCCACGAUCUCAAUAACGUUAAUAACAAGAUGAGAUACAGAGUAAAGAGAUGCAAACCUCCAUCUUACAGUAAUAUCGAAUCUGGUAAUGACAUCAUGCUCCUCAAACUGUCUGAGAAAGCUCGACUGGGCAACAGAGUACAACCAAUUCGGCUGCCAAAGACCGAGAUGAAAAUGAAAGAUAAAGCAAAGUGUCGUGUAGCUGGAUGGGGUCAAAUGGGAACUGGUAAAGGUGAUGCUGUGCAUCUGCAAAUGGUGGAUGUGCCUAUCAUUAACCUGAAUGACUGUAAGAAGAAAUGGGCUCCAUUUAAGCUUCCUGACAAUGUUAUUUGUGCAGGUGGAGAUGACACAAACAAAGGAUUCUGUCAGGGUGAUUCUGGUGGCCCUCUGGUGUGUGGUAAGGUGGCAGUAGGUGUUGUGUCUUUCAACAACGACAAGAACUGUAACUACCCAGAUGUACCCAACGUCUAUACAGACAUAUCCAAAUAUCUUGACUGGAUCAAAGAAAUUCUCAAGAAAAAGAACUGUUAAACGCACUGCAACAAUGUGCAUCAGCACAUUUGUUUUGUUCAGGUAUUGCUAUGUUUAAUUCACUCUG